AUGUCUACGAGACCUCCUUCACGAGUCGUCUUUGUGGGAAACAUCCCAUACGGACUCUCUGAGGAGCAAAUCACCGACAUUUUCAGCAGUGUAGGGAAGGUCGAGCGCUUCCGUCUAGUAUACGACAAUGAGACCGGGCGUCCAAAAGGCUUUGGCUUCGCAGACUAUCCAGACACCGACUCGGCUUCCUCCGCCGUUCGCAACCUGAACGACUACGAAAUCAUGGGUCGUCGGCUUCGAGUCGACUUCAGCAACGAUCAAAAAUCAGCUGACGACGAUCGCGACCAGGCUCCCCCAGGACACGGCGCCAAUAGUACCGGGCCAUCAACACAGACAGGGUCUAUCCCCCCGCUCCCUGCGGGCAAGGACCUGCCCCCGGGCGUCAAGUGCGCCGACGCCAUCUCGCAGACCCUCCACACCCUCCCGCCCACGCAGCUCCUCGACAUCGUCUACCAGAUGAAGGCCCUCGCCACCUCGGAGCCCCAGAGGGCCACCGAGCUCCUCCAGCAGGCUCCCCAGCUCGCCGCCGCCAUCUUCCAGACCCUUCUCCUCAUGGGCCUCGUGUCUCCCGAGGCCGUGUCUUCCGUCAUCGAGCCCGGAGCUCCCCCCGCCGCUGCCCCCGCUGCAUACCCUCCCUCUAUUCCAGGAUACCCCGCCGCCACCGCCACGCCCCCUGUUGCCGGCAUGCCCUACGCUGCUCCCGCUUACGGCGUUGCCCCUCCGCCGCCUACUGCCCCCACUGCCCAGCCCAUGCUGAACCCUGACGAUCUCGUCAGGCAGGUCAUGGAGCUUCCUGAGUCUCAGAUAAACAUGCUUCCCGAGGCAGAGAAGCAGCAGAUCUUGGCCCUCAGGGCCCAGUUUGCCGCGCAGAGGCGGUGA